AUGGGUUUCUUGAAGAGAUUGACUUGGCUAGAGUUAAGCAAUAAUGCUCUAGACUGCAACAUCCCAUCAUCGAUCGGAGGACUUGAAAGGUUGCAAAGGCUGUAUCUUGAUAACAACGUUCUCGAAGGACUGAUCCCCAAUGAGAUUUGCAACUUGACAGGUUUAGGAGAGUUGCUGCUCCAGCAAAACAGGAUAUCGGGAUCAAUCCCAAAUUGCAUUGAAAACCUUAGCAGCCUUCAAAAGUUUCUCAUAAGAUCAAAUAACAUGACAUCGGUUAUACCAGUUAGUCUGUGGGGCCUUCAAGAACUCAUCUUCCUCAAUCUGUCACACAAUUCUUUCAAUGGAGGACUACUGCUUGAAAUAGGGAAGAUGAGAGCUAUAGAGAGCAUCGAUGUUUCUUGGAACCGACUUAUUGGUGCCAUACCAAGAUUGGAAUUCCUCGAUCUCUCCUACAAUGAGUUAUCAAGCACGAUACCCGAGUCCUUGGAAGCACUUGCAUUUUUACAAAUUUUGAACUUGUCCUUUAAUAAGCUAUCGGGAGAGAUUCCUAAUGGCGGGCUCUUUGGAAAUUUCUCGGCUCUCUCUUUCAUUGGAAAUGAAGCACUUUGUGGAAAUGCAAUUUUUCAAGUCCCACGUUGCAAAGUAAAUGGAAUGAAAUCAUCAAGGGACAAGCGGCUCCAUAAACUAUACAUUAUUGUGCCAAUUGUAUCAGCUAUACUUUUAGUCCUCGUCAUUUGCUUGCUUAGAAAGCGUGGGAAUACCAAUGAAAAAGCUUCAGUUUCGAUGGAGAACUUGCCUAGAAUUGACCACCCGAUGAUAUCAUAUCGAGAGCUUUGCUUGGCUACUAACAACUUCAGCGAAAGCAAUUUGCUCGGAGUAGGAAGCUUUGGCUUUGUAUAUAAAGGGACUUUGGCCAAUGGGACAGACAUCGCAGUCAAAGUACUAAAUCUCUAUAUCAAAGGUGCUCUAAAAAGUUUUGAUGCAGAAUGCAACGCUUUCCGUAUGAUCCGACACCGCAAUCUCGUCAAGGUGAUCAGCACCUGCACGAACGCCAAUCUGAGAGCUUUGGUGCUGCAAUACGUGCCUUGUGGGAGCUUGGAGAAGUGGCUGUACUCCAACAACUACAACUUGGAUCUCCAUCGUAAGUGA